UUUGGCUUUUACACACCGUUCUGGCUUGUCAGUAUCAGCGCAUGCGUGCGGCGUGGGAGCCUCAGCCGAGAUGGAGCAGUUUCUGGAGCAGGUGCCCCUGCGCUUCUCUCGCUUGCCCAUGUUCCCCUUCUUCGACCUGGCGCACUACGCGGCCUCGGUGAUGACGCUGAAGGAGCAGCGCGGAGCAGUAGAAGUAUCACAACAGAGUCCAGUUGCGUGCUGGUUUAGCGCUAUGCUUUGGUGCUUUGGUGGGUCCGUUUUAUCUUCCUUAAUGCUUGCAGAACCUCCAGUUGCAUUUCUUGCCAACGCCACAAGUGUCCUCCUUGCUUCGUCAGUCUGGUAUCUUGUAUUUUAUUGUCCACAUGAUUUGGCCUACUGCUUUGUUUCUGGUCUGCCUGUUCGACUGGUUAUUGCAGGGAUGGCGGAAGUUACUAGAACAUGGAAAGUAAUGGGUGGAGUUGCGCAUGCACACAGCCACUACAAAAAUGCCUGGAUAAUCAUGAUAAUAGUUGGCUGGGCAAGAGGAGCUGGCGGAGGCCUAAUAUCUAACUUUGAACAGUUGGUGAGAGGUGUAUGGAAGCCUGAAACUAAUGAACUGCUGAAGAUGUCCAACCCUGUGAAAUUCAGCAUGGUAGGGGCAGUACUCUUCACCAUGCAGCACAUGUAUUAUCUUCCAAUAGAAAAGCCCAACCUCAUGUUGCUUUACACCAUCUUCUUGGUGGGCACAAAGGUAACUGGGAUGCUGACAGGAUCCACGUCUUCUCCAUUUGCUCCACUGGAGAAAGCACUGGGCUACCUUCUCUUUGGUUUGCAGCCACCUUCAAAAGUGAAGGGUGAGGCUAGAGUACCUCAUAAUGGCACCUCCUCAGUCUCUGACCGUCCUGCUGGUGGAGAGGUGUUGGAGAGUGUUAAGAAAAGACAUGCCAAGAAAACAGAAUAAGAGAGCAGUGAGAGUGCCUUUGGUGGCCAAAAGUGGCUUGUGUGUAUGUGGCCAUAAAAGUUUGUUUCCCUUUCCCAAUGAUGUGAAAUGACAAUUGUGUAUAAGAAAAAUUGUGUAGUAAGAAGCUACCUGCAAUGGCCUUUUGAGCUCAGUACACUGUAAUUUUCUUGUGCAAACCCCAUUUCAGUGGGGCGCUCACAGGUUAUGUUGCCCAUGAACUAUGUCUACAGUCUACUACUGCCAUGUGGCUCAAUGUAGCCUCUUUUUUGUAAACUAGAAUUCAUAUCUGGAUAAUAUGCAUCAUGUUAGAUUUUUUCUAAUAUAAAGGAUAAAAUGAGAGAUUAUAUUGUGAUUUUAUAUAUAUGAUCAAUUUUAUUGUGGUUUAGUUUGCUUAUUAAGAAAACAAAACCCUAACUUUUAAAAAGCAUAAUUGAAAUAUUUUCUGGUAGCAGCAAAAUGUGAAGGAAGACUUGACUAUUAUUGUUAAUUAUAACUUAUUUGGGGCAUGCUCUAGUCAAAAUGAGAGAUGUUUAAGCAUUUGUUCAACUUCCAUUUAUUUCAGUGGGUGUAAAGAUGUUUACCUUUUGCUAAAUUAUACCUGCUAUUUCAUUUUCUAGUAGCAGAGGGUUGCCCUCCCAAUAUUUUAAUAUACAACAUGUUUUAAUUCAGAUGAGCAAUGUGAACAUUGUUGUGAAAAUGUAAUAUAUUCAGUGACUAAAAGGGACAAUAAGUAACCUAUGCUGCCAAACUCCAGAAACCAUCUUAAUCUUGGAUUCCUUCCUACAAAACGUCUACUUUUCUUAAUUCUUUAUGUAGAGCCACUGACUAGAGAUAUGCACGAAUCAGAUUUUGCAAUUCUGAUUCAAAGAACUGCAUAUUCAAAGCUUGAAUCGAAUUGCAAAAUCCUUGAAUUAAUUUGCUGAAACAGCCAGCUUGCCUGGUUGUUUUGAUGAAUUGACCUUGAACCACUUGAAUCGAUUUGAGUUAUUCGAGUGCCAUUUUCCCCAAGGAGAGCUGAUCUACUGCUUGGGGUCAGCAAGUAGACCAGUCCUCCGUCCCCAGCAUAGCAUGUCAGCCCACCUUGGAGGACUGCCCUCCCCGGGGGGGAAAUAGCAUGUGAAUCACUUGAAUUGAUUUGAGUGGAAUCCAGGUCUAUUUGAUUCAAACUGGAAUCAGGCCCUUUAUUCUAAGGGUGAUUCUAUUCAAGUUCAAAUAACUUGAAUCACCCUGAUUCAAGCUCGGAUUAAUUCAACUUGAAUCUAUUUGCACAUCUCUACUACUAAUUGUCUUGAAGGUACUACUGUUACAAUUUUUUCACUUGGCUUGGGUCACAAGCAACCUUGCAGUUUUUCAUAAAUUUUUCAUAGUUGACUUUCACAUGUUUCUGUAUGUAUCUUUCUUAAAUCGCUUAUACUCAAUAACUUGUAAACAGGAGCUUCAUUCUUGUUUGCUAGGCUUUUAAGUCAGCAAUGAAACUUGUUGAAGUGAAGUUUUAUAUGUCUGGGUUUUGUACGUGUGAGUGUUUCAAACUGUUUAAUUAGACAAGGACUUCAUGCAGAAAUAACAUGGAGCCUUCUCCAGAUACAGCUAUCUCUCUUUUUUAAUAGAAAUGCAUUCCAGAGAAUUUGUCUUCUCUCUUCCCGGUCCCCCAAUAUAGUAUCUCAGCUGUCUGAUGCUAGUGAGGUAGCAGGAGGCCAGACUUGCACCAUUGUGACCCACCAAACUGACCACAACCCAUCAGCUAUGUAUAACUACCUGCCAGGGCUCAGUAAACAUCCUGUGUUUUCUGCCUUCCUGGGACUGUAAAAUUUGGGGGUGGGGUGGGGGGGAAUUGACCACCUAGCACACCAUAAUACAUGGCUUGUAGACUGUGCUUGGCUUGAUAGGUUACAUGCUGUAUAACGAAUGAUUCAGAUUGUAUGUACUCUUGGGCAAGCAUUUAGUGACUUAAAAGGAUAUCAUUUUGAUCUUUAUACGCACCUAAAUUAUAUCCAGGUGUUGUGGGGAGAGCGGGGGAAUGCAAUGUUGAAAAUCAAAAAUUCCAGAUUUUUGACUUGGAGGCCCAGUUUCCUUUCUAAUUAGUUCUUUCUUGGAACUUGUAGGCAAAGGAUUGAAAUAUCCAGAAAGCUUUUUAAAAUGUUUCAGAAAUGCAUAGAUAGUAUUAUACUAAACUUGGUUAGCAGGCAGCUGUAAAAUAUUUUGAGAUGAACACCAGCAAACACUGUGCUUCCAACAAUUAUGAAUGCUUUUGUGCCAGUAAAUUCUCACUGGUGUCUGAAUGACUGGGCCGAACAAGUGUCUUGAUGCUCUUUUGUACUGCGUUGUUUGCUCUUGUCAACCACCUCACAGUAAUUGCACUGGUAGUCCCUUGAGCACAAAUUGAAGUGAAAAUGUAUUUAAAGUUACAGUUAAGACAUUUACAGUUGUUAGGCAGAAAAUGAUCUGCUUUGUAUUUUGGAUUCAUUUUAGGCAGAAAAUGGUCUGCUUUGUAUUUUGGAUUCACUGUCCAUUUUAAAGCAACUAUUAAAAAAAUGGAAACAGUU